CUUCUUUUUGUUCGAUCCAACCGUACAUUUCUCUCUCUCUCUCUCUCUCUCUCUCUUACACACACAUUCAAUAACAUGUCUGCCCCUCAAGCCCCCCACCUUUGGCUCCGUGCCGAGACCAAGCCCAUGGAACACAGAGCUGCAUUAACACCCUCCACUGCCAAGACCCUCUUGGACGCAGGCUUUAAAAUCACCGUUGAGCGAUCCAGCCAGCGUAUCUUUGAUGAUGAGGAAUAUGCCAAGGUUGGAUGCCCUCUUGUCAAGACCCUUAGCUGGAAGACUGACGCACCCGCCGAUGCCUACAUUGUCGGCCUUAAGGAGCUCCCCGAAAACGAUAACUCUCCCCUCCACCACACCCACAUCUUCUUUGCUCACUGCUUCAAGAACCAAGGUGGCUGGAAGGAGUUGUUGCAUCGCUUCGAUGCCGGUAAGGGUACUAUUCUUGACUUGGAGUUCUUGAAUGACAGCAAUGGUCGUCGUGUUGCCGCUUUCGGUUACAUGGCUGGUUUUGCCGGUGCUGCUGUUGCCAUUGAUGUCUGGUGCCACCAGAAGAUCAACAAGGGCAAGACUUACGGCGCCUUGAAGCCAUAUCCUAAUGAGAAUGCUUUGAUUGACUUUUCUAAGAAGAGAUUGGCUGAAGCUGCUGCCAAAAAUGGAAACGUCUACCCUACGAUUAUGGUUAUGGGUGCUCUCGGUCGCUGCGGUACUGGUGCUUGUGACUUUGCUCGCAAGGCUGGUAUUCCUGAGAAGAACAUCAUCAAAUGGGAUAUCCAGGAGACCAAGGCUGGUGGUCCUUUCCGCGAAAUCGUUGAGUCUGACAUCUUUGUCAACUGUAUCUACCUCAACACCAAGAUUCCUCCUUUCAUCACUCGUCAGCUCAUCGAUGGUCCCCGUAAGCUUUCGAUCAUUUGUGACGUGUCUUGCGAUACCACCAACCCCAACAACCCUCUUCCUGUCUACACAAUCAACACUACCUUUGACAAGCCCACAGUUCCUGUCGAGUCAUCAAACCCUUACCCUCUUGAAGUGUGUUCCAUCGAUCAUCUUCCCACUCUCUUGCCCAGAGAGAGCUCUGAUAUGUUCUCCAAGGAUCUUCUCCCUACCAUGCUCGCUCUCAAGAACCGCAAGGACUCUCCGGUCUGGAAUGGUGCUGAGAAGCUCUACAAGGAGAAGCUUGCUGCUUCCAAGGCAUAAGAAAGAAAGAAAAGCGACAACAGGAUUUGCUUGCUUGUUUCUUUCAGUAUCCUAGAAAAAAAUAUCUACCUCUACCUCUACCUCUACCUUUAUUCAUUCACACCAACCAAUUUAUAUCAACCAUGUACAUUAAUUUUUCUUUCAAAGCUUAAAUAAAAAUCAAUAACUU